CGAGCCGGGCCGCGGGGCAGGCCGGGAGCGGGGCCGCCGCACGAGGGGACGCGGGAGCGCGCUUCCCGACCCUCUCGCGGGCGAAAAACCCAGCAUGGCGAGGGGCGGGGGCGCCUUCGCGGGAACGCGGCUGACGUUGCGGCUGUGGCUGUGGCUGCUGCUGCCUCUGCCGGGGUUGAUGCUCUCGGGCGCCCCCUGGGGGCCGAGCGCCUGGCAGUGCAGCCUCUCGGCGUCCUGCGAGUGCGAAUUCUUGCCCGAUUUAACCGGUCUCGAGUGCGACUUAGCCCUGCGCCUUGUAGGGCAGCCUCUGGCUAGGCAGCUGGUCAUCCAAAGCCUGAAGAGCUUCGUGCAGGACCCGGAGCCCGCCAAGCCCCUGGUCCUCUCCUUCCACGGCUCGACGGGCACCGGGAAGACCUACCUGAGCUCCUUGCUAGCCCAGCACCUCUUCCGGACGGGCCUCCGUACCCCUUACGUCCACCGCUUCUCCCCGCUGGUUCACUUCCCCCACGCUGACCAUCUCCAGCAAUACAAGGAGAAUCUCAGAAACUGGAUCCAGGGAAAUCUCACCCGGUGUAGCCGAUCCCUUUUUCUCUUUGACGAGAUGGAGGAUCUGCAGCCGGGCUUGAUCGACGUGGUCCUGCCCUUCCUGGGGUCGUCCUGGGUGGUCUUUGGAACCAACUACCGGAAAGCCAUCUUCGUCUUUAUCAGCAAUAUUGGCGCGGAACAGAUUAACCAGAUGGCUUUGGAGCUCUGGCAAGACCGCCGAGACCGCGAGGAGAUCCGUCGUCAGGACCUGGAAGCGUCCAUUCUGGAGGCCAUUUCUAAAGACCCCCAAAACGGAUUCUGGAGAUCCGGGGUCUUCGAGCAAAACCUGAUUGACGCCUUUGUGCCUUUCCUCCCGCUGCGACGGCACCACGUGAAGCAGUGCGUGGUCAAUGAGAUGGCCAGCCGGGGUCUCGUCCCUCUCCCGGAGGUCGUGGACGGCGUGGCCGACAGCUUUUCCUACUUCCCCGACGAGGAAAAAAUAUUCUCGGCCACCGGAUGCAAAACGGUGUCUUCCCGCAUACCGUUUUUCCUAUGACCCCUACCCCCACCACCCUCUGCCAGACAUUUUCGGUCCAGAAUGGAGUUUUUAACGGUUUGCCUUCCAAGCGAAGAAAACCCCUUGUUGCGUCUUGAAAAGGUCAGCUGAAGGACUAAAGGACGGGCCUUUCGAAAAAGCAUGCUGGCUUGAUCAAACGUUUUCCUCCCCUUAAAAAUGACCU